AUGGCUUUAAGAGCAGCUUUGAGAAAAAACUGCGCUUUAACAGGUCUUUUCUCUCAGCUGUCCUCCUCCAGCAGGCAUGGCAGAGUUUGUGUGUCUCCCGUCCUCGUCGCUCAGCAGAGGAACAACUCCACUGCACAGAAGAUUAAAGUUGAUUUUGACCAGAGCACAGGAGUUGCAGUCAUGCGGAUGCAGAAUCCUCCGGUAAACAGCCUCAGCUUGGAGUUCCUCACAGAGCUCUGCAUCUCUGUGGAGAAGCUGGAGAUGGACAAGAGCUGCAGAGGCCUCAUCAUCACCUCGAGCCAGCCCAAGGUGUUCUCAGCCGGUCUGGAUAUCCUGGAGAUGUAUGGGAAGAGCCCAGAGCGCUGUGGCGAGUUCUGGAGAGCUGUGCAAGAGAUGUGGUUGAAAUUGUACAGCUCCAAUUUAGUCACAAUAGCAGCAAUAAAUGGCUCCAGCCCUGCAGGUGGCUGUCUGAUGGCAAUGACCUGUGACUACAGGAUUAUGGCAGACAACCCUCGUUUCAGCAUCGGCCUGAAUGAGACGCAGCUCGGCAUCGUCGCACCGUUUUGGUUUAAGGACACCAUGGUCAACACGGUGGGUCACCGGCACACAGAGAUGGCGCUGGAGUUGGGGCUGCUUUACAAUCCCUCAGAGGCCCUGAAGAUAGGACUGGUGGACCAGUUGGUGCCUGAAGACCAGGUCCUCAGCACCGCUGAGAAGACCAUGGCCAAGUGGUUUGCUAUUCCAGAACACGCCAGACAGAUCACUAAGUCCAUGAUGAGGAAGGCGACCAUCGACAAGCUGGUGUCCAGCAGGGAGGCCGACAUCAAGAACUUUGUCAAGUUCAUCACCAAAGACUCCAUUCAGAAGUCGCUGCGCGUGUAUCUGGAGAUGCUCAAGAAGAGAAAGGCUUAGAGGGGACACACAGACUCACACACACACACACACUCACACACACACACACAUCUAACUCCGGUGUCACUCUCUGGAGUCACUAACGGCGCUCAGUCAGCAGAAACCUUCAUCAAUCAACAGAAUGAUCAGAGCCUUGACGCUGUGUCAACCAGCAGAUUGUGUUUUCAGUUUCAUUUCACGCAUUCAGAGUCAUUUAAAAGCCACUUUGGUUUGUUUUCAGAAAAUUGAAACAUGAUUACAGAACGAUGUUCCAAACUUAAAUCUGUCUGGAGGUUUUCCUCACUCUGAUUGGACGGUUCCUGCCCGAGGGGGCGGGGCUUAGCUCAUGGUCAUUUAGUUGUUGUAAUCACGAGUGCCUGCUCCCGCUGUACUUCCUCAUGCUCUAACAGCUAAUUUGGAGCUUUUGAGCAGCCUGUAGUGACAAAGUCUUUGUCAACUCUUCAUGUUAAUUGAUGGAAAAUCUGUCAGAUUUUCUAUUUGUGUGAAAUGUUCAUAACAUUGAUGGUCUCAUUCAAUCUGAGGAUUAAAAGUUCUGAUUCAACUGUCACAUGUUUCUUAUUCAUUGUUACUUUAAUAUAUUAAACUACAGACAUCAAAGCACUCUGCAGCUGCAAUAUGUAAUGAAUUAAACAUGUAUCAAUAAUAAUUUAUUGGGAACUAAUGAGUCACAGGUGGGCAAUACAACUGCUUUCAAUUAUUUUUUUCAGGAUAUUAAGUGGGUUGUACAAUACAAAGUUGUGGGUUCAUAUUAAUAAAGGAGAGAUGAAAUCUGA